AUGACGAAGCAAUCCAAACUUGAGGAGUUCAUCCAAAAUAUCUCCUUCCCCACGCCUGCUGUGGAGAUCAAUGGAGAUUCAGCCUUGGAUCUAAUUUCCGAGUACUUGCCCCUGGUGGAAGGAAUAUUUAACGCUUUCAAGAAUCAGAUCAACUUGAUGUCCAGCCGGGUGACAGCUGUAGGAGCCGGUGCCCUUACAAACUUUCAACGUCAUAACCAUUCCCAAGAGAAAAUUCUAUCUAAAGCCUUGUCAUGGAUUGAUCGUGCCGUGACAGCCAAAAACAGGCUUUUCAGGCUGCAUAUGAAAGCCAUUGAGAUAGAAAGCUUUAUAACCCGGCUUUUAGACUGCCUUCAGACUGAGGAUAUUAUUGACAUUGACAAUGAUAUUUUGGGACGACGUUUCAUUUCCGCCAACGAGGAUGACUUGCAAACGGUAAACGACAUCAUCAAGUUCCUCACCUGGAAGCAAAGAUUCGGCGAGCUCCAAGCCGCUUUCACCAAGGGAUAUAAGAUGUUGGAUGAACAUCUCCAAUACCUCCGCGAUCAGCAAAAGUCCCUCGAGCAGGCUUGUGCCACCGUCAAAUCAACAUUCCGAACCAUCCCACAAGCCGACCCGAUGCUGGCCACCCAUGGCCAGUUUAUUCCAUGGGUUGGCCCGAAGGCCUCUGAGGAUGCACCUAUUGCCGUGGCCAGACACCAGUCGGCCAAAAUCAUGGGCACACCAGCAUACAAGACAAAGAGAAAGACCGGUUGCUUGUCGAAUGCCGAUACCCAGAAUGCCACAGGGAAAGGUAGCUAUACCAACCCUCUUAUCACGAAAGGGGGUAUAGCACCCCCAGAACAGUUCGAGGAUAGCGCCCUAGCGUAUGGCCAGAAUUUAGACUCCCAAAACAUGCAAGAUGCCUGGGCUUUAGCCGCUAGAGGGCUUAUGUCACAGGAAGACCAUUUGAGGGGACAAGAGGGACAUAUACUCCCACAGCUCCCCGACCAGAGCCAGGCUCCAGAUGCAUACGAAUUGGACCCGGCCCUUGGCCCUCCAUACAACUAUUUUCAACCGGCGUUUGGAGCCCCUCCCUACAGUAACGCUUUCGACACCGGCCAGGCAGCAGGUGCCCCGCCGAAUCAGAUCGGCGAACAAGGGUUCCACGACGGCUAUGGGCUCGCGUUCCCAAGUUUGUACGAAUCAUUUUGCCUUACCCUUCAAACGGGCUGGACUCAACCCACGGCGUCCACAUCCGGGGUUCCCAUCAAAAAUACUGCCGAGACCCAGGCAAUGGCCGACUUCCAACCGUUUGGUGUAGACUUACUCGAUUACAACCCCGAAGCCGUUUUUAACACUCCUUUCGCUGCGCCUAUUCAACCCUUCCCUGAUGCUGCUCUAUACGCCACCCCUGUGGACACUAUCGCCCAACACACGAUUGGGCCAGAUCACCAGGUGGUUCCAAUGGGUGGAGCAAAUUCUCAAGUUGGGUUCAGCCAGGUAGUUGCCCCGGAUAGUAAUGCUUCCACUAUCCCGUACAAAAACGCUAGUUGGCCACAGAUGCCCUUAGAUACACCACAAAUUGCCCAACCCCAGCAAGCUGGUCCGUAUCUCACAGGCGGGCUCGACAUAACUGCCGAUGCCCCGUUUGAGAACUAUAUCUGGCCGAUUCCGGGGCCUGAUAUGUACUACAAUCAAUUCGGUGCUCAGGAAGAAUCCGGGACUCAGCAUCAGUUCAGUCAGGAUCUUUCCCCUGGGACCAACGCUUUCUUUGGUGUCGUCCCCCAACCCACCAUGGAAAUGGCUACACCCAAAAGCCUUGCUGGGGCCGACGCUAUCCAUACUAUUGAGCAACCACUAGUUGAGUAUGAAGCCGCGGAUGACCAGGCACCCGACCCAGGGGCGGACCUCGAAUCUGCUUUGCUCUGGAGCUUUCCCUGGCUCAAGUGA